CCUACUCUGCAACAAAGUCAACACAACAAACACCCUUUGUUUCUUCUCUCCCUCUCCGCCAUGAAAAGAAAAAGAGAGAGAUCAAAGCUUGCAAACGGCAGAGACAGAGUCAAAGCCAGCGACGCAAUCGUCGAAGCCACUCACUGUUUCAAAACAGAAAAAUACUUCAGAUGACCAGACAACAAACUCAGAUCCGUUUCCUUCCGAUCUCCUAAUGGAGAUACUCAAACGGUUCCCGGUCAAAACCCUAGCGAGGCUAACGUGCGUAUCAAAGCUCUGGGCAUCAACCAUCAGCCGCCAAGAAUUCAACAAGCUUUGGUCUUCUUCAAACCAACAACGUCGUAGUAGUAGUAGUAAUACUCUCAUCUUCGCAUUCAAACGUGACAAAGGCUAUGGCCAAGACUGCUUCUUCUUCUCUUCACUUCAAACCAAGAAUACACUCGAAGCCUCUGUAACAGCUACUUACCUCACAGCACACCCUGGAGACUUUUCUGCUCCUCCAUCUAUCCACGGUUUGAUCUGCUACGGACCUCCUUCUGAAAUCACUGUAUACAACCCUACUGUCAAGAACCUUAGAAGUUGUAAAAGGGUUUCUUGUUUGAUUCCUCGUCAAGGCAAUGCCUUAUAUACAAAGAUAUAUGUUACACAAAUAUGGUAA